UAAAGUGUGGCGGGGUGUGUGUGUUUUGGGGCAGGUUCAUCACGGCGUUCUCGCAAGGCAUAGACCUGGAUAUGGAUCUGCGCACGUUGCGUGCAAUACGCGUGUUGCGACCGCUCAAACUUGUCUCCGGCAUACCGAGUCUCCAGGUGGUGCUCAAGUCUAUUAUCAAGGCAAUGGCACCGCUUCUGCAGAUCGGCCUGCUGGUACUUUUUGCGAUCGUGAUAUUCGCCAUCAUUGGGCUCGAAUUCUAUUCAGGAACCCUGCAUAAAACGUGUUACAGCAUCCGAAAUCUGAAUGAAAUCGUGAAGGAGGGCGAUCAACCGAGCCCGUGUAACACUGACAGCAUAUACGAGGCGCCAUAUGGGGCCCACGUGUGCGACGCGAACAUCUCAACGUGCAUGAAUCGCUGGGAGGGACCAAACUUCGGCAUCACCAGCUUCGACAACAUCGGAUUCGCCAUGCUCACUGUCUUCCAGUGCAUCACUAUGGAGGGGUGGACUGCCAUAUUGUACUGGGUAAAGCAAGAGAUAUGUCCUUCAACAAACGACGCUCUUGGCAGUUCGUACAACUGGAUUUACUUCAUACCAUUGAUCGUCCUUGGCUCGUUCUUCAUGCUGAACUUAGUUCUUGGUGUUCUGAGCGGAGAGUUUGCGAAGGAGAGAGAGAAAGUGGAGAACAGGCAGACCUUCCUGAAAUUGCGAAGACAACAACAGCUCGAGCAUGAAUUGUACUGCUACCUGAAUUGGAUCUGCAAAGCAGGAUUUUCGAAAUCCUCCUCGACGAAAGAAAAGGGACCUUGUAAACGGUUUUGGAUAGCUGAGAGAAGAUUUAGAUUCUGGCUACGGAAGGCUAUAAAAUCACAACAGUUUUACUGGUUCGUCAUCAUUCUUGUGUUCUUCAAUACCGUCUGCCUAGCGGUCGAACAUCACGGUCAACCACAAUGGCUGACCAAUUUCCUCUGUAAAAUGGUAUUAAAACGGAUGGCACGGGUGUUGACAGAUUACGCAGAAUUCGUGUUCCUGGGUAUGUUCAUGUUCGAGAUGAUAAUAAAGCUGUACGCCCUUGGUCCUCGCGCAUAUUUCAACUCGAGCUUCAAUCGUUUCGACUGCGCAGUCGUCUCGGCAUCUAUCUUCGAAGUAAUCUGGUCCGAGCUGAAGUCUGGGUCUUUCGGCCUCUCCGUCCUACGUGCCCUUAGACUCCUGCGAAUUUUUAAGGUCACCAAAUAUUGGACGAGCCUAAGAAACCUCGUAAUAUCGCUGCUCAGCUCGAUGCGUAGCAUCAUCUCCCUGCUCUUCUUGCUCUUCCUCUUCAUUCUCAUAUUCGCGCUACUCGGUAUGCAGUUGUUUGGUGGCCAGUUCAACUUCGAAAAUGGCACGCCGUCCACUAACUUCAACACCUUUCCCAUCGCGCUGCUCACUGUCUUCCAAAUCCUGACCGGAGAAGAUUGGAACGAAGUAAUGUAUCAAGGUAUAGAGUCGCAAGGCGGAUCCAAGAAGGGCAUGAUUUACUCGCUCUACUUCAUUGUGUUGGUGCUGUUUGGCAACUACACUCUGUUGAACGUGUUCUUGGCUAUCGCCGUCGACAAUCUGGCAAACGCACAGGAGCUGAGCGCUGCCGAGGAGCUGAAGAGAAUAAAAAAUAAACAGAAGCGGAGAAAUGGGCUCGAAAGAGACUCCUUGCAGGAUUCCGACAGUGACUCUGAUGAAGACUCCCCAGGCUCAAACGGAAAAAGAAAAAAAUCCAGAAAAAGAAGAAGGAAUGAAAACGAUGACAUACGAGGACCGAAACCAAUGCUACCGUACUACUCCUUGUUCAUACUGUCCCCUACAAAUCCCGUAAGAAGAGCCGCCCAUUGGAUCGUCAACCUGAAAUAUUUCGAUUUCUUCAUAAUGAUAGUGAUAUCGAUGUCGAGUAUUGCAUUGGCCGCCGAAGAUCCCGUGUGGGAGGACUCACCGAGGAACGAGAUUCUGAAUUACUUCGAUUAUGCGUUCACCGGUGUUUUCACCAUCGAGAUGAUACUGAAGAUCAUUGAUCUUGGGAUUAUUCUUCACCCGGGCUCGUAUUUGCGCGACUUCUGGAACAUCAUGGAUGCAGUGGUUGUCAUAUGCGCCGCUGUUUCUUUCGCUUUCGAUAUGAGUGGCAGUUCGGCUGGACAAAAUCUCUCGACAAUCAAGUCGUUGAGAGUCCUUCGAGUGCUCAGACCAUUAAAAACGAUCAAAAGAGUACCGAAGCUCAAGGCGGUGUUUGAUUGCGUAGUCAACAGUCUUAAAAAUGUCAUCAAUAUUCUCAUCGUAUAUAUAUUGUUCCAAUUCAUAUUCGCUGUGAUCGCGGUACAACUGUUCAAUGGCAAGUUCUUCUUCUGCACCGAUGAGAGCAAAUAUACGAAACAGGAAUGCAAGGGUGAAUAUUUCCUUUAUGAAAACGGCGCCACGGUACCUGAGAUAAAAAAACGAGAAUGGCUGUCGCAGUUUUUCCACUACGACAACGUGAUGGCUGCGAUGCUGACAUUGUUUGCGGUGCAAACUGGCGAGGGUUGGCCACAAAUUCUGCAGAAUUCGAUGGCGGCCACGUACGAGGACAGGGGUCCCAUUCAAAAUUUUCGUAUAGAGAUGUCCCUCUUCUAUAUCGUCUACUUCAUCGUAUUUCCAUUUUUCUUCGUCAACAUCUUCGUGGCUUUGAUUAUCAUCACUUUCCAAGAGCAAGGAGAAGCUGAAUUGCAAGACGGUGAAAUCGAUAAGAAUCAGAAAUCUUGUAUAGACUUCACGAUACAAGCUCGUCCUUUGGAGAGAUACAUGCCGAAAGAUCGGAACAGCAUAAAGUACAAAAUCUGGAGAAUAGUGGUAUCGACGCCAUUCGAAUAUGUUAUCAUGGGUCUCAUCGUAUUAAACACAAUACUGCUCAUGAUG